GACCCAGACCCAGACUCGACGAAACUCCCCUUCCGGAGCAGAGAGAGAGAGAGCGACGAAGAGCCGAGGCGGCGACUUGACGAGCUCCCCCUAGGGUUUCCUCCCCGUCGUCAACCUCCGCCGCCACCCCACCCCCUUCGCCAUGUACGGCCACCGCGGGGCAAUGAUGGGAGGCGGGGGGGUUUCGGAUGGGUACGAGGGAUCAAAGAGGCCACGAAUGAUGGAAUCGAAUCCAUACUUCGCAGUGACCGCAGGCAGUCCACUGGAUGUCUCAAAGAGGGCCAGGAUGAUGGAACCAGCCCCUCCCUAUUUCGGAGCCAUGGGAAGCAGCGCUGGUGGUGGCAGUGGUGCCUUCUACCAGCCUUACAGCGGCAACUUACCUGGUGCAGGGGCUAACAAUGCCAUCCAGAACUUUCCAGGGGUCCGUCUGCGAGGGCUCCCUUUUGACUGUGACGAUCUUGAUAUCUGCAAGUUCUUUGUGGGGCUGGAUAUAGUGGACUGCCUCUUGGUCCACAAGAAUGGCCGCUUCACCGGCGAGGCUUUUGUUGUCUUCCCAUCAGCCAUGCAAGCGGAGUUUGCACUACACCGUAAUCGGCAGAACAUGGGCAGGAGGUAUGUUGAGGUGUUCAGAUGCAAGAAACAAGAAUACUACAGCGCAAUAGCUGCCGAGGUAAACCAGGGUGGCUUCUUCGACCCAGAGUACCAUCACUCUCCACCUCCUCCGCGGCCCAAAAAACCAGCUGAAGACAAGAGCAGCAUGGAAUAUACUGAGGUGCUGAAGCUCCGUGGCCUGCCCUACUCUGCUACCACCGAAGACAUCAUCAAGUUCUUUGUGGAGUACGAGCUGACAGAGGAAAAUGUGCACAUUGCGUACCGUCCAGAUGGGAAGGCCACUGGGGAAGCCUAUGUGGAGUUCCCAACAGCUGAGGUUGCAAAGACAGCCAUGUGCAAGGACAAGAUGACCAUUGGGACAAGGUAUGUGGAGCUGUUCCCAUCGACCCCAGAGGAGGCCAGUAGGGCGAAAUCGCGAACCAGGCAAUGAAUAAUCUGAUCGGGUCCUCUACUCCAGCAUGGCCAUGAGCAGCUGUGUUCCAGUUUAGUUUUCACAUUACAUCCUUAAAUUGUAUCUCUCGCCUUUAGGUCUUGUGUGUGUGUUUUAGUAUGCAUCCUGUUGCUACCCUGCCACAACCCGUUGGUGUGGUGAACUGGUGACUUUAUUAUAAGAACCCGAAUUCCUUUUGAAAAGAAGUGGUGUAUGAGA